AUGGAUCUCAAGAAAAAGAGGCUGAAGUCAGUCAGCCUAAGUUCAGGGAACUUGCUCAAAAGGAUUAACAGGGCAGAGAAGGAGUUGGAAGAAGAAGAACAAAAUAAAUCGGAUAGUGAAUCAGAGAAGGAUGAACAUGAGAAAUCCAUGGAAGUUCAUACAAACUUCAGUCCAAUUCAGAUCAUUGCAGCAGAUUCACAAUAUAAUUCAUCUAAGGAAGGAUCUUCAGCUGACGGUACAAAGCUCAUGAAGUCGAUGUCAACUUUGUUAACAACGCUCCAGAAAAAUAUGGCAGUUAUGCAAUCCAAUAUGACAAAAAUUAUGAAAGCCCAGAAAGAAGACAAGAAGAACAUUGCUGAUCUUGUUAAAACUCAUAAUGAGUUGGAGCUAACAUUGAAGAAAAACACGUACGAGGUUGAAGUCUCCAAUACGAAUUUUGGAAGGUUUGAAAAGAAACUCUUCAGUCGACAAUCUGAAAUGAUGAGCCUUGAAAGACAGAUAAAUCUUGAUCAUCAAAGAGAGGUUAUGGAAGCAAUGGGCUUGGUUCAAAAUCAGUUGGAUGAAAUUCAAGGCAGCAUGAGAAGAACAGAUGAUGAAAGACUAGAGUAUGCUGAUUCCAUUACAAGGAUAUUUCAAGCUGAAGAGAAUACUAAAGCUACUAAGAAAGAGUAUAAUAUCAUCACUCAGGGAGAGGCUGUUAGAGAUAGAAGAGGUGAUGGUAUUGCAACCGGCACCAGAUCUAAACGAAGGCCAACCAAUAAUGAAAACCCAAGGCCAACUAAAAGAGGCGGAAUCCAAAGCGGCAGUGAUCGCGGAGGCCGAAGCAGCGGUGAUCGCGAAGGUUGCAGCAGUGGUGAUCGUGAAGGCCGAAGUACUGGAAGCGAUCAUGGUGGGCGAACUAGUGGAAGUGGUCGUGGUGGACACGGUCUUCCUCCGUUCUAG